AUGACGCUGCUGGAACCUCCGAUACAAGUCAAUUUAUACUUGAUGGAACAUGGAGCAAAUGCCAUACCAAAUCUACUGGCAUGUGGUAGAGCAUUAGGUAUUGUAGGGAUCAUGAAUGAUUGCUUUGUUGCGGGAUUUAUAAUGUUUAUUUGGGUUUUGGGUGGGAAACUGCUGUAUUUAUUGAGGUUUACUCCGCCGCCGCGUUCAACACACUUCACCGGAAAUAGAAAAGCUCAAAUGCUUCCUACGAAACCAACGCCUCCGCGCCGCUGCUUCACCGACGACAGCGUUUCGGAUCCCCAUUCCGACAUUCUUAGUAGAGAAUCGAUAAACAUAGUGUCUCUCCCCACAGACCUAUUGUUCGAAAUCCUCCUCCGUUUGCCGGCCGAUCAUCUCUACCAGAGAGCGAGGCUCGUCUGCCGGCGGUGGUGCCACAUUAUCCAUUCUCAUGCCUUCAUCAACGCGCAGAUGCACGGUGCUACCUAUGGACUCCUUCUAUCACCCCUGAAGGAUUAUACUCUGCCACUUUAUGUAACAGCCGACGCAGAUGGUGGAAUCCACACAUCUGAGCCAAAUCACAUCUCCAAAUUGAGAUUUCUUGCUACCUGCAACGGUUUGGCUCUGGAGUAUGAUUUCAAAGAUUACCGCGUUCGCCUUGUGAAUCCAGCAACGAAGCAGUCACUCCUCGUCCCACGAUUGGCUAGAGGCGUAUCCUAUUUCGUGCUCGAGUAUGGUUUUGCAUACUCUGCAGCUUCCUCGGCGUAUAAAGUGAUUGCACGGUACACUGUUUGCCACUCGCCACAAACUGACUAUGGUCUUGACGUGCUCACUGUUGGAGUCAAUGAGUCCUGGAGGCACAUCGAGGUUCCCCACCAUCUCAGCCCAUUUUUCUUCAACAAGGCUCCCUUGACUACUGAAGGUUUCAUGCAUUGGGGAAGGGGGAGAUACUGCGUGACGCUGGAUGUGGAGACGGAGAUCAUUACACUGAGUGAAGCCCCUUAUCAGUACCUUGACAACAACUAUUAUUAUCUGUCAACUGGGAGGUGUGUGUCGCUCCUGGUUGCGUGUGGGGAUCUGUCGUGGGAGGUUUGGGAGUUGAAGGCAGAGACGGGCGAGUGGAGGAAGGCGCUGCCCAACGUCGACUUGAGAGCUGAGAAAUGCAGGGUUCAACAGUUUGCUCCUAAAGAUGCUCCUCAAGUUCUUGAGCCACUUGGUUGGGUUAAAUAUCCACAGGUUUUGGCGUUUCGUUUUGGCACCUAUUUUUCUUGGAAGCAUUGGCGGCCUUGCAUUUUCUACAAUCUUGAUACGCAUCAACUCCACUCCACAAAGCUACCACAAUCCUAUACCGGUGGUUAUCAAGCUUUUCUGCAUAAGAAUAAUCUGAUAUGA